UCACAGUGAUGACCUUGAUAGAAAGUUACAGAGUGAAUACAUUGCUAAUAUCACUAGAAACAGUACUAACCCAAUAGUGUACAUGGGUUAUCUGAAUUGUAAGCCCGGCAGUAGAGACUAUUUACAAUUAAAGACCAAAGGAAAGUUGAAGGAUAUCGAUAAUACUGAUAAAAAUAGAUGCUGCUUGUACAUAAUGUACCGUGGUCUUAUACGAGUCGGUUAUGCUCGUAUAUCACAUGGUGGCGUGACUGACACUGAAAUCCAGCUAGCGAAGUUCACUAUUCCAGACAACCACAGGAAUUAUAAAGAUAAUAAUUAUAUGACCAUCAAUCCUGAUGAUAUUGACCAAUCGCUUCAUUUCCCCUCAGUAUUUGGUGAUCACUAUGGUGAUGAGUGGGUAGAAGAAGGACACCAUUAUCACAAGGCAACACCAAAAUAUUUUACAAAGACAUCAAAAAAGGGUGGAUAAGAUGCCGUUUUGCUCCGUCCUCUGUAGUAUCCUGUUAUACUUUGUUGCAUAUCAGUCAAAUUAUCAGUACGCAAUGUCUUAACCUACUAACAUAAUCUGUGAUAAUACAGCCAAGCAAAUUAUUGGUAUUCAUUUCAGCACCAUCAUUAACAUAUUUUGCCAAACACCAUUGUCUGUAUAUGAAGUCAUCAGUUCACUGUAUUGAAUGACAGAAAUGGACCUGUGGUGUUGGCCAUGAACAUGUAUAUUCCACUAUUCUUGCCAUUCAUUGUGGCCCCAAACAUGUAUAAAUUUUUCAAUUGAUCCGAAUCAAUUAUGAUAUACUAUAUUUGUGUUCCAUUGGCCCCAAACAUGUAUAAUUUACUCAAUUGAUCCCAAUCAAUCAUGAUAUACUAUAUUUGUGUUCCAUUGGCCCCAAAGAUGUAUAAUUUACUCAAUUGAUUCCAAUCAAUCAUGAUAUACUAUAUUUGUGUUCCAUUGGCCCCAAACAUGUAUAAUUUACUUCAUUGACCCACAAA